AUGGGCAGCACAUCUCUAUCAAGUGACUGCAUCAUCAAAUGCAUGGUUGAUGCGUAUGCCUAUGAAGGUGAGGCGAUUGCCGUGCAGAUGUCGCCUGAAAGGGGCUACUGCGGAUGGGUAGCAACCAUGCCUUCCAGUGAUCUACGGGGAAACCGUAAGGGCAGCUAUGAAUUCGUUGUCAUGUGGUCGGGGCAGUAUUAUCAUCUUCGCAAGGGCGAUGUUGCCGUUGAAGGUCCUCGGACUGGCGGACCAAUUCAUGACAAGUGUGCACUUGAUGCCUUGAGCAGCAGCCCCCAAUUUCAACGUCUUGCUGGUGAUUUAAAAUACGUGAACGAUAAUAACUGGAAGGUAUUUUUGGCGUUACAGGAAGCUGAGGAUAUGAUGGAGGCAGCCUGGCAUAACCUUCUGCAAUAG